AAACACAUCUGCUGAAGUAUCGACAGCGACCUCAGCUGGUUUAACAAGUGCAACUGUGGAAGCUACGUUUUCAACAUCGGGAGUGACCAUGACACCCGAAUCAACCAAAGACACAAUGGAAACAACUACAGCUAUGUCCUCAAGUGUAACAGAAUCUUCAACCAGUACCUUGCCGGAAACAAGUCCCUCACAACCUUCUACGAUUACCAGUGAGCCUGCCACUACAAAUGACCUAACUUCAGCAGUGACGGACGGGCAAAUAUCUUCCACUACCGUUGGACUCUCAUCUACCCAGGGAUCUGAAAGUACAACUGCAGAGCCAACUGACUCCACAACUGCAGCGGGAACGACCCUUGAAGAUCACACAACAACGUUAGAAAUGUCAACAAUUCCAGCUGAAACAACGACCAUUGUUACACAAGAACCAUCAGCUAGCUCAGAGACUGUGACAAGCCCAUCUCCCACAAUCACCUCUGGUCACACAACAGUGCCCUCUGAAGUUACAAGUGAGUCUGUAACUAGCACUGCUGGUACCUCAACAUCAAGUGAGGCAUCAACAACAACUUCUGAAGCAAGCACAUCUGCUGAAGAAUCGACAGCGACCUCAGCUGGUUUAACAAGUGCAACUGUGGAAGCUACGUUUUCAACAUCGGUAAUGACCAUGACACCCGAAUCAACCAAAGACACAAUGGAAACAACUACAGCUAUGUCCUCAAGUGUAACAGAAACUUCAACCAGUACCUCGCCGGAAUCAAGUCCCUCACAACCUUCUACGAUUACCAGUGAGCCUGCCACUACAAAUGAACUAACUUCAGCAGUCACAGACGGGCAAAUAUCUUCCACUACCGUUGGACUCUCAUCUACCCAGGGAUCUGAAAGUACAACUGCAGAGCCAACUGACUCCACUUCUGCAGCGGGAACGACCCUUGAAGAUCACACAACAACGUUAGAAAUAACAACAAUUCCAGCUGAAACAACGACCAUUGUUACACAAGAACCAUCAGCUAGCUCAGAGACUGUGACAAGCCCAUCUCCAACAAUCACUUCUGGUCACACAACAGUGCCCUCUGACAUUACAAGUGAGUCUCUAUCUAGCACUGCUGGUACCUCAACAUCAAGUGAGUUAUCAACAACAACUUCUGAAGCAAACACAUCUGCUGAAGAAUCGACAGCGACCUCAGCUGGUUUAACAAGUGCAACUGUGGAAGCUACGUUUUCAACAUCGGGAGUGACCAUGACACCCGAAUCAACCAAAGACACAAUGGAAACAACUACAGCUAUGUCCUCAAGUGUAACAGAAUCUUCAACCAGUACCUUGCCGGAAACAAGUCCCUCACAACCUUCUACGAUUACCAGUGAGCCUGCCACUACAAAUGACCUAACUUCAGCAGUGACGGACGGGCAAAUAUCUUCCACUACCGUUGGACUCUCAUCUACCCAGGGAUCUGAAAGUACAACUGCAGAGCCAACUGACUCCACAACUGCAGCGGGAACGACCCUUGAAGAUCACACAACAACGUUAGAAAUGUCAACCAUUCCAGCUGAAACAACGACCAUUGUUACACAAGAACCAUCAGCUAGCUCAGAGACUGUGACAAGCCCAUCUUCCACAAUCACCUCUGGUCACACACCAGUGUCCCUCUGAAGUUACAAGUGAGUCUGUAACUAGCACUGCUGGUACCUCAACAUCAAGUGAGGCAUCAACAACAACUUCUGAAGCAAGCACAUCUGCUGAAGCGUCAACAUGGACGACAGCUGGUUUAACAAGUGCAACUGUGGAAGCUACGUUUUCAACAUCAGGAGUGACCAUGACACCCGAAUCAACCAAAGACACAAUGGA